UGACAUCUUGAUGCUCUAUGAAACAAAGAAGGUUCAACUUCAAAGAUACUUUUCCAAAUACGGAGGAAGAGUUUAUCUUACAACUGAUAACUGGAGUUCGUGUCAGAAUGUGGCGUAUAUAUGUUUGACUGUUCAUUUUAUUGAUGUGGACUGAAAAUUGCAAAAGAAAAUACUAAAUUUUUGCCAAGUCACCGGCCACACGAGAGAGAUUAUGGCUCAAAAUGUUGAAGCUUGCUUGAAUAGCUGGAAGUUGAACAAGAUCUUAAGUUUGACAGUUGAUAAUGCAUCGUCUAACAAUGUAGGAGUUAUGUAUUUAUAAAGAAGGCUGAUUUUUUGAAAGAGUUCAGUUUUGAAUGGAGAGUAUCUCUAUAUGCGGUGUUGUGCGCAUAUUUUAAACCCGAUUGUGAAGGAUGGAUUGAAGAAGAUUGAUGAUUCAGUCACCAAAAUUUGGGACGCUAUGAAGUAUGUUAGAUCCUCAAAUUCAAGAUUAACUAGGUUCAAGGCAUGUAUUGCACAAGAGAAUAUUCCACAUAAGAGUCUUGUUUGCAUAGAUGUUGAAACGCGAUGGAACUCUACAUACUUAAUGUUAGUAGCAGCCUUAAAACAUCAGAAGGCAUUUGAGCUAUUAGAGAUGCAAGACAAAAAAUUUGUUGAAGAAUUAUACAAGGGACGAGGGGUACCUUCAAUUCAAGAUUGGGAUUAUGCUAAGUCUGUCUUACCGUUUUUAGAGAUGUUUUACGAUGCUACACUUCGCAUCUCUUGAUCCUCUUAUGUCACUAGUAAUUUAUACAUGAAAGAAGUGUUUGCUCUUGGAAGGAGGAUUCAACAAUAUCGUGAUGAUGAUGAUUUGAGCAUAAGUCUUAUGGCAAGUAAGAUGAAAGCAAAAUACAACAGGUAUUGGAAAAAUGCAAAAACUAUUAACAUGUUGUUAAUUGCCGUAGUUCUAGAUCCUUGCCAUAAGUUAGAUUAUGUUGAGUGGUGCCUAGUUAAUUCUUUUGGUGUGAAAGUGGGCGGUGAAUUGAAGACAAAGUUGUCUUCUUGUCUUCAUUCACUUUAUAAUUUAUAUCAAGGUGCAGAUGAAGAAAACCAAGAUGAUACCCUCUCCCAACCGAGUGCAAGUGAUAAAGCCAAAGACAUUUAUGAUAUGGGGUUAUAUCGUCGAUCAACCGGUUGCAAAUCCAAUCUUAAAUCUGAGCUUGAUCGUUAUUUGAAUGAAGAUUGUGAGCCAGAUGAUAAGCCUUUGGAUAUUCUAGGAUGGUGGAAGGUUAACUCGAAUCGGUUUUCCGUCCUAGCAAAUAUGACACGGGACAUAUUGGCUAUACCAGUUUCAACAGUAGUUUCCGAAUCUGCUUUUAGUAUGGGGGAAGAAUCAUCGAUCAAUAUCAUAGCUCAUUGACUCCUAAGAUGGUAGAAGCUAGCCCUUGUAUGUACCGAAGAUUGGCUUAAAGGAGACUUUUUCUCUUCUCUUGCACCUGAGAAUUUCGAAGAGCUUGAAAAGGUCAAGCAAGAUUUGAUUUUAUCAGAGGACAUUACUUGUUCAGUGGAUCCAGGUUCAAUUGCGCUUGAAGAUGACUAGAAAGUCUUAAUUGUUUAUGUUUUUUUUAGUUAUGUUCUAAACACUUAGGUGGUAAAGAUAUUAGAAUUGUUUUUCCAUAUAUGAUUAGACUUGCUUAUGUUUAUGUUUAUGUUUAUGC